AUGAAGAACUUACCCAACAUUAUCGUGACAGGUGUUCCUGGUGUUGGGAAGACAACUCUAUGUGAAGAGUUAGUAGAAAUAAUAAACAAAGAAUUAAGAGAAAACCAAAAGUUUGAAUCAGCUAGUCAAAUGACUCACCUGAACCUGUCGAAAGUGAUAAAAGAAGAAAGGUUGUACGAAGAAUUUGAUGACCAAUUAGAUGCAAGCAUUUAUAGCAACGAAAUGGUAAAUGAAAAAUUGGAAAAAUUAAAAAUGGAAAACGGGGGAUAUAUAAUAGAUUUCCAUGAUGUUGAAUUUAUAGACAAAAAACAAUUAAUUGAUCAUAUUUUUUUAUUAACAAUAUCCACAAAUAAGUUAUAUGAACGAUUAGAAAAAAGGAAUUACACAAAGGAAAAAAUUAAAAAUAAUGUCGAAUGUGAAAUAUUUCAAGUCAUAAAGGAAGACAUUUUGACAUAUUUCGAUGACCCAUCUAUAUUUCAUGAAUUGGAAAAUAAUGACAUGCAACAGUAUGAAAAAAAUAUUCACAUCAUCAAAUCAUGGAUACUCUCCUGGGGAAAAAUCUGA